AUGUCAAGAGAUACCGAAACACCCUCCCCACCUCCGCCUAGCACUGCCCAGCCUCAGAGUAACGCUGCUGCCGUGAGUGGCUCAGGAGGGUCAUCAUUCUUCCUGCGAGAAAGGGAGAGGCUUCUAGGGGAGAUCGCCGAGUCCAUGGGACAGAUUCUCAACAAUAGCAACGCCCUGAACCGCAAGCUCGAGGAGUCCAUCCUUGUCGGAAAAGAAUUCGAGCCAGUAGCUGCGUUAUGGGGUCGUUUCGCCUCGAGUAUGGCGAGCAUGGGUGUUCCCAAUCCUCAAGAGUACGAUGGAGCCGGGUCAGCAGGGGCGAAUGGAGCUGCUGGUGUUGGAGGAGAUGAGAUUGGGAUGGGGGAGGAACAGGGAGUGGGAGGUGAGGAGAGGGAAGGGUUCAGGAGGAGCGUGCCGGCUGCUGCUGCUGGAGCAGGGGGAGAGACGAUGCCUUUGGGUGUUGCUCCUGGUGGGGGAAGCUGGAGUGCUGCACCUCCUUCUGGCUCAUAG